UGUUGAUAGAAUUUUCAUUUUUCAUUUCAUAAUAGACUGUAAAAAAUAAAUAAAUAAUGAAGCAGUUACCUUACGAUAAAGCAACCGUGGAGUUCUGUUGUGGGUGCUUUUAUUUAGGUUUUGUUGAAGAAACGCGAAAUUGUGGCAUAUUUGCUACAAUUUAUGCAGUAUGCAGCUUGUACUAAGGAAAUUAAUAGCACAUUGUACAAUAUCAAUAAAUAUGUAGUUAUUACCCAAAAUUUUGGUCCAAGCGUAUGUUCUUAAUUUAAAAAAUCUAUCAAUAUUAAAACUUAUGUUCCGGAUAUCCAGAUACAUUUUCCACAUCAUUUUUUUGCGACAUCAACUUUCCACUUAAACUUCCGUGAAAAGCUUUUGUUUUACUCCAACUUUGUGGAAUAUGAUGAAACACUUAACCACUUGUGUUGAAUUACGAAGUUUGUAGAAAAUCAACUUCUGCUCGCGGCUUUGCUCCUAAAGAAUUCUGUUCCCGGACACAAGUGAGCACUCUAGGAUGAUGUAGCCUCAAGGAUAAUAUAACGUCCUUUUAGUGAAAGAAUUUAGAAUACGAGAAGUAGUUUCAGAGACCAGCUUGUUAAACAAAACCUUUUGCAUAAUGAUUUCUUAUGUUUAUGCAAAUGUAAGACAUUGAAAUUAAACAAUUUUCUAGAUUUUGAAAACGUCUGGAUAAAAUAAUGAUAUAAAAAACUGCGAUAAAACGUGGAAAAUAGUUUUAUUUCAAAAAGAUUUGCUUUAAAAUUUGUAUAAAUUCAUAGCUGACAACUUUAUUCAUUUAUAUUUAUUGAUGUAUUAAAUCUUGGUAUAUGUCUUAUGAAUAUGCUAUUCAUUGAUAUAAUUUAAUUUAUUUUUAACACCCUCAAAUUUCAAAUUGACUAGCCCUUUAUAUCACUAUAAUUAACUAAAUCGUCAACAAAGUUCCAUCUUGACCGCUGAUAUACUCAUCGAAAUUGAAACAUGAAUUGUUAGACAAUAUUUUUUUCAUCACAAUUUCGAACAUCAACAAUUUAUUCCGCAAAUUAAGCCAGCAAAUUCCAACUUCCUUCGUAAAUUGAAUAUUAUUAACUAUCGACCAUUGCUCAUUGGAUGCAAUAAAAGAAUUAACAACGGAAAUGAAAUUCUAAACAGCUUUACACCAGAUUCAAAACUUCAGAAACCAGUUCAGAUAACAUCGCUUGACCGAAACAGUCAGCGUGAAAAUGAAUUCGGAACUUGUAAUUGUUCAAAUAGUAUUUUUUAUUGUUAUAAAUGUACAGUUCGACGGCAGAAGUCAACAAGUGGAAGCCGCCCCUAAUCAUCCAAAACAAUUAGGCAGUUGGUUUGGUAGUUUUGAACAAGUUGAUUUUCGGGAUAUGCAAGUAACACCAACAACUACAGAUAAUUUUGAAAUAAAACCGCCGACACACAAGAAAAUGCGAAAAAGAAAGGCAAAUAAAAAGAAGAAAGCAAAGGAAACGGAGACAGAUAAACAAGAACUCAAGAAAAAGAAAAAACAUAAGAAGAAAGAUGGACGCAGGUUCGUGAAGACGAUGGUGCGCGAGCGAGAUGGAGAAUAUAAUGCGUCUUCAUCUAUCGAAAAUGGAGAUAGGAGAAAGCCGGUCGACAUAAUUGUACAUAUUAAAAUGCAUGAUUAAAUGAAUAUUAUUUUAUUGCCU